AUGAGUGCUUCCAGAGUCGAGAUUAUUCCCCUUCGGCCGUACGCAGGCUCGAAGUCUAACACCGACAGCAGAUCUUCUGUGCCUUGCAGGUUCUUUCUGAGCAGCAGAUGCCUAAAGGGGGCUGCUUGUCCGUUCAGCCACGACAAGAAACCAACCACCCAGUCCCCUUCCAUUCCAGCAGCUUCCCGCGAUAUAGAUCAAGAUCGUGACGAGGUCGAUGAUUUUUGUCGCACCAUUGCCGGCGCCUUUGUUCGAUUCGAAGAUGGGGGUCGCGUCUCCAGUAUCUCUCUUCCCAACGAUUUCUCGGCCGUUCAUCUCAGUGGCCUGCCCAAAGGCACUUCUUCACAAGCAAUCAAACGCCUGCUCGACAAACUAGGCUUUGACGUCCCCGAGAAGAAUAUCUGGGUUAUGAGCCAGGAUGGAAGGUUGGGUGCCAACAUCCGAGCAGAGGACCCAGCCUUUUCCAAGAAACUCUGCGCUCUCACGUCAGGGGGUUUCACUUGGGGAACGUCUAGAAUCCAAGCAACUCGAGUGGCAGCUCGUAUGCCGUCCAGACAAACCAUCGGGCGCCUCGACUGCAAGAAAGUCCACAUCUCUUGGCACAAGCCCGUCCGGGAUGUCUUGCUAAAGUUUGGCCAACGGGACAUUGCUGCACGGGUACACCGCAAGUUUACGACUGGAGCCUACAAGAUACUGGGCUGCAAGGUCAAGGCGCAAGCGCCAUACGAGAAUCCAGCUGCCAUCUUCCGCUCUCAUAGCCCCGUUCCUUGGAUGAUGAGACUGACGGAUGUCCCUGGGUCUGCCGACAAACCGGAGAUAUCUCAGGCCAUUUCGCUACAUGCCGACAAACCACGGGAGAUAGUGCCGCAUGUGCCAGGUUACUCUAUCGACGAUGAGCAAGCUGCAGCCAUGGUUCGGUCGCUCUUGACAAGAAUUGGCCCCAUCGAGUACUGGGAGACAACACUUGAAUCGACUGCUAAGCGUGUCAAGGCUACGGCCCGUUUUCUCGAUGAGAAGGGCGCCAGAGAUGCUGCUUCUCAGCUAAAUGGAACGGCACUACCAUUCCAUAAGCCUGGCAAGUUGACCGUCCAGAUGGUCUACUCAGUCAAGUUCAAGAUCCGGAGCGACAUUUAUGCUGCCAUCUUGCCUCGGGUCAACAGCCAGGCGAGUGCCUGGAGGGAAAAGUACGUGUACUUCCGUGCGUACCCCACCUCUUCAACCUUUAAGCUCGAGGGAGAGUCCGAUACGGAAGUGGCGAGUUCGAAGUCAGUCCUAGAAGGCCUCCUCGGUGGUGUGGUUGCCAAACGCGGCCAAUCGGACCUUUGGGAUCCCUCUCUCAAGCAAAACGGACACCUUUGGCGUUUGAUCAAGCAGCAACAGCAAGACCUUGGGGUCGUUGUCGUUCGAGACAAGACUAAGAAUGUUCUACGACUCUUUGGAACCGAAAAGGCAUGCAGCAAGGCGGAAGGACACCUCGCCAGUCUGUUUACCAAGGAGGCCUCUUCGGACCAUGUCAUUCAAUUGGAUCCGGAGAAACGUCUUUGGGCUUUGAAGGGAGAGUGCUCUGUUUGCUGGACUGAAGCAGACUCUCCUGUUCGGGUCAAGUGUGGCCAUGUGUAUUGCCAAGAUUGCUUCGAAAACAGCUGUGCAGCACUUUCGACCUCUGGCUUUCUCUGCCACGGAGACGAGGGAAGAUGCGAGCAAGCCGUCAGCCUCCAGGACUUGCAUGCACAUCUGUCGUCAGUUGCCUUUGAAGGUCUCCUAGAGAGAUCCUUCAUGUCCACUGUCCAACGCACUCCACACAAGCUGCGGUUCUGCCCUACCCCUGACUGCGGGUACAUCUACCGCACCACGGAAUCAGCCGGGACGCAUACUUGUUCCAACUGUCUGCAACGAACCUGCUCCUCGUGCCAUGAGCCUCAUGUCGAGAUGACAUGCGCCGAGUACAAAGAUAUCAAGUCAGGGGGAUACGCUGCUUUUGAGAAGUUGAAGAAGGAGGUUGGAAUUAAAGAUUGUCCCGAGUGCAAGACACCACUUGAGAAGAUUUCAGGAUGCAACCAUAUCACUUGUGUGGGAUGCAAAGCCCAUAUGUGCUGGGUGUGCAUGAUGACAUUUUCUUCGGGAGAGCUUGUCUACAAUCACAUGGACAAGAUGCAUGGUGGUCAUGUUGAAUGGAGGUAA